CGUCAUAAGGGCGCGGCCGGGGCAGAAGACUCGCUAAUGGCGUACCCGGGGCAGGGUUUCCCCGGCGCAGGACAGCCCCCCCCGGUCGGGCCUUACCCCGGGGGUCCCUACGGCGGGGGGCCACCCCCGGGACCCUACGGGCAACCCCCGCCCGGGGGUCCCUACGGCGGCCCCUACGGCGGGGCGGCCCCGGGAGGGAAUGCCCCCCCAGGGGUGGAUCCCGAGGCGUUCUCCUGGUUCCAGACGGUGGACACGGAUCACAGCGGGUUCAUCUCCGUCAAGGAGCUGAAGCAGGCGCUGGUCAACAACAACUGGUCCUCGUUCAACGAUGAGACCUGUCUGCUCAUGAUCAACAUGUUUGACAAGACGCGGACGGGGCGCAUCGACGUCCACGGCUUCUCCGCCCUGCUGCGCUUCAUCCAGCAGUGGAGGAGCCUCUUCCAGCAGUAUGACAGGGAUCAGUCCGGCUCCAUCAGCUUCAGCGAGCUCCAGCAAGCUUUCUCCCAGAUGGGUUACAACCUGAGCCCCCAGUUCAGCCAGCUGCUGCUGGCCCGGUACUCCCAGCGCUCCCCCAAUCCCAGUAUCCAGCUGGACAGGUUCAUCCACAUCUGCAUGCAGCUGCAGAGCCUCACCGACGCCUUCAGGGAGAAGGACACGGCUCUGCUGGGAAACAUCCGCCUCAGCUACGAGGAUUUCCUCGCCAUGGUGGUGACCAGGAUGCUGUGACAUCCCCACUCCAGCAGGCUGGGAAUUCUGGAGCUCUCCAGGAGCAUCAGCCGUCCUCAUCUUCGCUCUGAACCCUGAGUUCCCUCCCCCGGGGGCCAAAUUUCCAGCUUGAUCCACCCCAAAUCCUGCUGGGUUGGAUCUUUGUGUCCAUUCUGUGGGAGUGAGGAUGAACCCCACGCCAAACUGGGGCAGCCAAACCAGUUUAGAUCCCGUGCCAGCCCCAAAUUCCAGCUUCACCCCGAGGUGCCUGCAGCAGAACAUCCCCAGUUCGGGGAGGAAAAGCUGAGCCUUGGGUUUGGAAGCAGCAGGAAAGGGGAAAAGUGAGGACAGAAUUUUUUCCUCCCUCCCUGAGUGCCCUGGGAGCACAUCCCAGCCUGGGAAUGUUUUCCUGGGGGUCUCAUCCCUGUUUUUCUGGGGGCUGCUGGAAUGGGACGUGCUGCUGCAGCCCCAUGGGAUCAUCCCCUCGCUGUUGCCAAUCCUGAAGCCAAAUCCAGACCAAGUUUAGAGCUCAGUUUUUCCAGCUUUGGAAUAAAAUGUGUUGUGCUCUG